CGAAGUUUUACUUUGCCGUUUAAUUUUAUAAAAACAAUGUUUAACUGACAUGAAUAUGACGCUGUGACAUUAAAUAUAAGUCACACUAUAUAAAAACUGUGUGUUUGCUGAUAUUUGGUUUUCAUUAUCCAUCCGUUUUGUUUUCCUUGGUGCCUGUUUAGUCGCACAGCAGCGGAAGUGGAACAUCUUCGUUUGUUGUUUACUGUAGUUGGAGUGCAAGCUAGCAGGACGCGCGAUGCCUAGCUCUGCUGGAAAGACGGUUAAAUAUUGUAUUGUUUUAUUCGAGAAUUAACUAUAGGUGCGUCCUGGGAUAAGACAACGUAACUGUGUUGCCGUAGUGUCGUUUGAGGCCAAGAUGAUCGAGGUGGUGGCCUCCAUGGCCCGAGGCCCCGUGUUUCUCGCCGGGGAGCUCAUGGAAUGUCUCAUAACAUUCACCAACCCGAUGUCCCACCUCUCCACCUCUGCCAGCAGUGAGAUGCUGGCAUGGGCCAGCGCCCAGAUCCACUGCCAGUUUCAUGCCAGUGAGACCAGAGUGUCCCUGCCGGCCCAGGGCAACAAACAGGACGUCCAGGCUGAGAGCAACACUGUGCUUAUUCCAAGCAGAGGAGAGCGAGGUCAGUGUGUGCUGGACACACCGCCCAAGAUACUAUUCUGUGACCUGCGCCUGGACCCUGGCGAGAGCAAAACCUAUUCAUACAGUGAGAUAGUACCCAUAGACGGCCCUCCUAGUUUCCGUGGCCAGGCGGUGAAAUACGUCUACAAACUGACCAUCGGCUGCCAGAGAGUCAACUCGCCUAUCAAACUCCUCAGAGUUCCUUUCAGAGUGCUCGUCCUGCAUGGCAUGCCAGAGCCUCCGUUUCCCCAGGAUGAAGAGGUUUCUCCCUCCAACCCGUUCCUGGAGGAAGAGGAAUCGAGCCGCAGGGAUGCUGGGCCUUUGGAGAGAGCACUGGACAUGCUGAUGGUCACCACCUCGAGACGCUGUCCCCACAUGUUUAAUAUCACCAACAUGCGUGGGAAAGUGGCGAAGUUCUGCAUCUUUAAGACUGUGUACAGACUCGGGGAGGACAUCAUCGGCACGUUCAACUUCUCAGAGGGAGACAUUCCCUGCCUGCAGUAUUCGGUGAGCCUUCAGAGUGAGGAGGAGAUCCAGCAGCAGUACCAGCGGCGCCCCGGACAGGUCAUCAGUGUGACUGGACACGGGCGACACAUGGAAUCCUGCCUCCACACCGCCUCCAGCCACUUCUCUCUCCCCAUCCCCCUCAACGUCACGCCAGGUUUCAGCACAGACAUAGUGAUGCUGAGGUGGCGCCUUCACUUUGAAUUCGUCACCGCCAGAGAGCCUAUGGAGCCGCCCACAGUCCUGCAGAACCAAUCAGAGGUCACAGUCUGGGCCGGGGCGGAGAACGUUGACGUGGAUACCUUCAGCUGGGAUCUGCCGAUCAAAGUGCUGCCCACCAACCCGGCCUUGGCAUCCUACAUGUCCCACUUCACAGGGACCAACAGCAUCAACAUCUGACUGUCGUGUGUGUGUGAGAGACUGUCAGUGUGAGACAGCCGAGUUAAUGCUGUGUUUCGGAGGGUGUUGACUCUGUGUGUGUGUUUGUAUGAGUGAGUGUGUGAAAUAGAGACAGAGUCUGUUUUUUUCUGUGGAGAUGAGAAGUGUUAGCACACAGAUGCACAUUUCAGGAACAAAGGAGCAUUAUUUUUGUUGUUUCCGUUGUAUAUGCAGAGCCAGUAAUGGAUUCCAUAUGUAUAUUAUGCAACCUAUGUUUUGCCUUUUCCAUAUGCAUAUUGCAUCUUAACUUUAAAUACACCUUUCAUUUUGGACCU